CCAUGCAUCUUCUCAGUGUCUGUGCUCGGAGUGUUGAGGACAUACUCGAAACCUUGAAGCCCCUUGACCCGACACGAACGCAGCAGCAGCAACACCAGCGGCCAGCAGCAGUGCGCUGGUGUUGUUGCGGUCGCUGCAUUGGUGUGUGUCGCUCCAGUCGUGAGAGGCAGCUUGGACAGGCACAACAGGACGACACGAAGCAAAGCGAGAGCAGAGAGUGGAGAGGGCGGGAGAGAAGUGGAAAAGGUGCAUGAAUGGCACUGGACGUCCUGGUCUUUCGAAGAACACUGCAUCCGUGAAUUCAAGCAGACAGAGACCCCAAACACAACACACAGACACACGUCCGCCAUGCGAGAUUCCUACACGCACACAGCAAAAAAGAAACACAAAGAGAGACGCAUGGCAGACAGGAAGGCCCAUGCAUUUCCACACUCACCUGCUUGUCGUGCGUGUAUGUGGGGUGGCGGGUUCACAUGCCGAGCGACUCUGAACUCGUUCCGGCCGCUGUUGUGGUGGUAUGCUGGUGGUCCAGCUGUAGUAUGCAUUCAUAGGGACAGAUGGUUGUGUGUAUAUGCCCAUGUGACCAGCCACCUACCGGUGCCGUCUUGCAACCGUCUCGAACAGUGAUAGUGAAUGUCGUCUCACCCUAACACACACGGCAUGGGUGUAGAUCGUCUCUCUCUCUCUCUCUCUCUUUGCUCUCCUACCUUGGCCUCGUCAUGGUGCACUGUUGCUGCGAGCAAGUCCGUACCAUCUCCAUCAGACAUAGCCUCUAAGUGAGUGAAUUGAAUGUGUAGACAGACCGUUAAACUAGUUGAACACCCACCUGGUUGUGGUGUGUUUGUGUUGCUAAGGGGAUUAAGAAUGUGGCGCCGGCUGCUGUAGUGGUGGUGCUCUGGUGCUCCAUAGCAGCUGCAAUCUCCAUGGAUAAGGACAGAUGGCUGUGUGUGUAUGCCCAUAUGACCCAGCCAGCUACCGGUGCCGUCUUGUCAUCCCGAAUCGUGACGUGAAGUGUGGUCUCGCCCUGCACACACAGAGACGUACUUGGGUGUAGACUGCUUGCUGGUCUGCCUUUGUGUCCGUCUCGCUCUCUCUCUUUGCUGACCUACCUUUGUCUCGUCCCGCUCCGUGGAAGUGUGUAUGACUUCAUCGAUCUCAAGUUGCUCGACCAUGGCUUCCAACGCCUUCACCUUCAAACACAUUCGAAUGAACCGUCAGAUCAAUGUGGUGAGGUAGGGAGAGAGGGACGUACUAUCUUCUCAGCCGUAGUGCGAGUGUGUGGUGGAGUGUUAACGAUGCCCACGGUGGUGGUGCCGCCCAGCUCGGGGUCGACCGGCUGAGCGGUCAUCAUCCCCGUCAGGAACAGGUGACGACCGAUCACCUGGAACUGCACGAACACAGACACACACACACACACACACACAGACAGACAGAGAGAGGGAGAGGAAGGAAAGUGGUGGACAACUGUUUGUGGGUGUGUGGGUAGGGGUGGGGGGGGGGCUGACCCUGAGUUGCCCCAUGGCCUUCCUGACGGCACAGUUGAGAUACUGGAUGUUCUCCUGGUCCAGCGCACCCUCUGUUGCAGACACACAUUGAUGGACGAAGGGACAGCAACAAGAGAGGGACACACACAGAGAGAAAGAGACGUGUACCCACGUGUGUGCGUUAUCUCCCCCAUUCUCCCCUGCCCUGCCCUCCGUACGCAUGUCGAUGGUAUGCCUGGCGAUGAAGUUGAUCGUCUGAGGCGCCCCCGUCUGCAGUCCAAGAGACACAAUGACCGACACACACACACACACAGAUCCUCCCAUCCCCUCCCAGCCCCCAACCCCACCCCCACACCCCGCACUCACGUCAGUGGUUUGUGGGAGCGUCACGGAAGCCGUGUGGUUCGGCUGUAUGUUGGUGUCGACCUUGCCAAACGUGUUCAUGCCCUGGUACAGCAGCGCACCCCCAAACGCAUUCAAACUCUGCAAUAUCUGACAUGAGAAAAGCGGGAACACACCAGGGCAAAAAAGGCCCCCCGCCCGGCCGGACCAUGCAUCUUCUUGUGCGGAGAGAUCCCCCACUGGCCAUCAUCUGUGUUGUACCUGCUCAGUGUUUCGGUAGAUCAGCGCCCGCUGCGGCCCGAGGGCGUUCACGGGCGGGUCAAACUCUGCACCACAACCACCACAACCCCACACAAACGCAGCGCAAUACGGCGCGUAUGGAGACCUUCUCAACGACUUAUCCUACGGGAUGCCGACUAAAGGGGAGGCAACAGCUCCAGUGACUUCGUGUGUGCUGCCUACCGGAGCCUGCAGGCGCCUGUUCCGGACUUGCCCGGCUAUAUUUGUGAUAUCAUUGGGGCUGUUCCUAUACCUGUAGACAGCGUUCACCUCAGCGGGUUCCAAGCGAUACCAAGGCACAAGGAUGGGUGGUUGAAAGCCGGCAUUCAAGAGCACCCGCCGCGCCAGCAGUCUCUUUCGAAUACAGAACAACAGGCGUGAGGGG